AUGUCGGAAGAUAUCCCGGAAGAAGAUAUGGAAUAUCUGGAAUUCAAGGGAGUUUUUCGUGUGCCAGACACGAUUCUCCGGCAUGAACUCCUCAAAGCCUUUGUCGAGAGCGUCUAUCCAUUUCUUCCCGUUUUGGAUUUGGAAUCUUUCCUUCUUCCGGUCAUAUCCAAUGACGGGGUUCAGACCGUGAGCUUGCUCCUUUUUCACGCCGUUAUGUUUUCAGCAACAGCGUUUGUUCAGCUAAAGCACCUCCACAACGCUGGAUAUGAGACCAGAAAGGAAGCACGCGAACAGUUCUAUCUGAGGGCCCGAACUUUAUACGACUUUGACAUUGAGAAAGACCGAGUGGUACUUAUUCAGGCCCUUCUGCUCAUGACCUAUUGGCACGAAACCCCGGACAAUCCCAAGGACUCGCAAUACUGGCUCAAUGUUUGCUGGUCGCUUGGAGCUUCAAUUGGCCUCGACUGCGACCCUUCGACGUCGCCCAUGAACCCCCAACUCCAAAAGGUAUGGAAACGCCUCUGGUGGUGCCUGUAUACUCGCGAUACGUUGCUUGCUCAGAAUCUGCGACGACCAUUGUGUUACGGAAAUGAUAAGAAUAGGCUUCCUCUAAUCAGCCUGGAAGAAUUCAAUAUCGGAACCCUUCAUCGAGAGGCCGGGAGUCCGCGAUUUCAAGGCUUGAGCUUACCGAGAGCGCAGUAUGGCCAGGUUAUAUGCGAGAUGCCAUCGAUCUUGCAGGAUCUGAAUCAACUUGGGCUUGUUCAAUAUCUCCCAACCAGCACGGUUGCACUGCUCGUUCCGGUCCUAGCAAGGCUGGUGCUUGACUUCAAGGCCAACAACGGCUGCAUGGGAAUCGAAACUUUUGAACGAUUCUAUCAAGGUAUGCAAGUACUGGGGACGCUUGGCGACAUUUACUCCUUUGCGGUGACUGUACGGCGUUUCUUUGAGGGAACUCUCCACGGUGGAAAGCAGGGUUCCAGUUAUGUCUCCAUGCCGUCAGCCAUUCGGAACCUGCUUACAAAGAAGGAACAAGAUGCAUUCGCUACAAGUGAACUCACUGGAGUGCGAGGAAACAUCUGA